AUGGCAACAGGCCAAGAUACUUCCCUGGAGGAAAUCCUCUGGCGGUCUCCUCCGCACGUCCAGAUGAUGGGAGGCUUUUUACAUUCAAACAAUAUUCUCUUCUACUUCGCCGAAUCCCCCUUCUUUGACGCAACUUCCAACAACGCCUCCCUCGCCAUCCAAGCCAACUAUAAUGAAGCCUUCCGCCAUUUCGUUGAAACGCGCGAAGCCUUCGAGGGCCGAUUAAGUACAAUGCAGGGACUAGAAUUCGUGGUAGCAUACGAUCCGUUGCAGGCAGCGGCGCAGUCUGAGACGAGCUUUGCGCAUGAACCGUCGAACAUCUGGAUAAUUCGGAAACAGGCGAGGCGGAAGCGUGGUGGGCUAGAUGACGAGGUUGUGGUGCUAUCGACUUUCUUUGUCAUGGGGGAUUGUAUUUAUAUGGCGCCGUCUGUGGCAAGUGUGAUUGGAAAUCGGAUUCUUUCAGCUGUUACGUCUUUGACAAGUUUGUUGAAGACGGCGUCCACGCUGCCAAGCUUCACUCCGUCUUAUGGACAUACAUAUAUGCCACCUACAAUCAAAUCGAGCGAGACGAGUCAACCGGGGAUACAAUCCCAGACAAGCAAAGAAGAUAGCACACCUAUGCCCGAGGGGGAAUCACAAAGCAAGACAUCGCUACAAGGCACAGGUCCUAGCAACAUUGGCUCGACAUUGCAGGAUACAAGGACACUAGCGGAGUCAUUCAACCUUUUGUCACGCUAUGGCGACGAGUUCAUGGACGAGAGCCCGUUAGUCGGAGAACCAGGUUCUUUCAUCUUGUCACGGUCAGGAGAUGUGGAUAAAACGAAGCAAGGACUACAACUACCGACAGCAACAGCUGGCACAGCUACGAAUGCUCCUACGAGAGUUGGGACGCCACAAGUCAGGGUUGAGACGCCUGGGAAGUCGGACAAAGGCGGCAGCACGCCUGUUGCUGACGAGAAGCUGCGGAAGAAGAAGAGUAAGAUUGGUGUUUAA